UAACGUCGGGCUCUGGGAAAGAAAGGAAGAUUCACCUUCUUCCCCCUCCAAGGCCAGUGACAAAGCCUACGCGUGGCGCCACCAUGCGGCAAGAGGCGGUAUCGCUCUUCCUGUGCUACCUGCUGCUCUGCGCCUGCGGCGGGGUGGAGGCAGGCAAACGACAACGGAAAAAAGACGAUUCGGAAGGCGAAGGCUCCGGGUUAUGGGGCGCGCUGACCUGCAUGGCUGUCGGAGGAGGCCUCCUGGCAGCAGGGCUGCCCGCGCUGGGCUUCCUGAGCACUGGCAUUGCCGCCAACUCGGUGGCCGCCUCCCUGAUGAGCUGGUCGGCCGUGGCAAACGGAGGCGGUGUGCCCGCCGGGGGGCUGGUGGCCACGCUGCAGAGCCUCGGGGCCAGUGGUGGCAGUGCCCUCAUGGGCAAGAUUGGUGCCUUUCUGGGCUACACCGUCCACAGACACCUGGAAAACAGCAAGGAGGAGGUGGAGGAAGAGGAGUAGCCAGCAGCAGUCGGGAACCCACUCCUUCCCGCCGUAGUCCAGAGCUUUCUCUGUCACACUCCUCGGUGACGGAGUAAAAUUCGAUCAGAAAACGCUUUGCCGGGGCACCUGGGAGCCUCCGUCUUCUGCUCAGGUCAUGAUAUCAGGG